GUUUCAAGCUGGCAAAUGGAACAAGGUGGGGGGGGGGGGCCCCGGCUGUACAAAGGGGCGCGGUCCACCACCGCCCCGCCCCGGGGUCUCCGCCAGGUGCGCGUGCGCCGCGCCCCGCCCUGCGCCGUGGCCCCGCCCUCCGCCUGGCCUUCGUGGGCUGCCGGAAGUCUGGCACUCGCCGGCCUUCGUCAUCCGCGUGGCGCCGCGGCCAUGGCGAGGUGGGGGCGGCGAGCGGCCGAGCCCGGCGGCGACUUCCACGGAGCCCUGGGGCUGCUGCUGCUGCUGGCCCUGUGCGCCCCCGGGGCUGGGAGCCAGGCGCUCGAGUGGUACUCGGCCGUGGUGACCACUGAGUACGUGGACCCGCGGACCAACAGGACGGUGUGGAGCGUCUCGGAGAGCGGCCGCUUCGGCGACAGCUCGCCCAGAAAGAGCGCGCACGGGCUGGUGGGCGUCCCGCCGGCGAGCGACCCGGAGGGCUGCGCGCCCAACACGCCCUUCGAGCGCCCGACGCGCGGCGCCGCGGCCUGGGUCGCACUGGUGGCGCGCGGGGGCUGCACCUUCAAGGAGAAGGUGCUGGCGGCGGCGCGGAGCAACGCGUCGGCUGUGGUGCUGUACAACGAGGAGCGCUACGGGAACCUCACGGCGCCCAUGUCCCACGCGGGAACAGGGGAUAUAGUGGUCAUUAUGAUUAGCUACCCAAAAGGAAGAGAAAUUUUGGAACUGGUACAAAAAGGAACUGCAGUCAAAAUGACAAUAGAUGUUGGCACCCGCCACAUGAAAGAACUCAUCAGUGGUCAGUCUGUGGUAUUUGUGGCCAUCGCCUUCAUCACCAUGAUGAUUAUCUCAUUAGCCUGGCUAAUAUUUUACUAUAUUCAGCGUUUUCUGUAUACUGGCUCACAGUUUGGAAGUCAGAGCCAUAGAAAAGAAACCAAGAAAAUUAUUGGCCAGCUUUCACUUCAUACUGUAAAGCUUGGAGAAAAGGGAAUUGAUGUUGACGCUGAAAAUUGUGCUGUGUGUAUUGAAAAUUUUAAAGUCAAGGAUGUUAUCAGAAUUCUGCCAUGCAAGCAUAUUUUUCAUAGAAUAUGCAUUGACCCAUGGCUUUUGGAUCACCGCACUUGUCCAAUGUGUAAACUUGAUGUCAUCAAAGCCCUGGGAUAUUGGGGAGGAGAGCAUGAGGAUGUGCGGGAUAUGCCCACUACAGAACCUCCCCUGGACAGUGUCCCGUCUGCUGAUUUGAGCAUUACAUUACAAGAUGAUGACAGAAGUGAAGGAAGCAAUUUACCAUCAUCAUCUUCCACCAGUGAAACUCUGUCACAGUGUGAUGCCAGUUUUAAAGAAGAUGCAGGUGAAAAUACAGCCUUACUAGAAAUAGGCAGGAACGACCUUCAGCGUGGAACACCAAUCUCCUAGCUGAUGUCCCAAUCUCAGCAUCAUGGUCAGAACUUUGGCUUGAAUUAAAGGUUUUUUUUCUUUUUUAAAGGCAGUUUGUAUAUUUGAAAAUGAUGUACAUUUUUUUACCUUUCAGGUUCUGAGUUGUUAUACAAAGACUAAGAUAUUUUAGAUACAUUUUGAUUGGUCUUUAAAUAUCUAUCUACUAAAGCAUAUUGUUUACUAAUAAGCAUUGUGUUGUUUCAGACCACUGGGAGAGGCACUCUGUUAUAGUGUAAAAUCACACUUUUGAACAUUAAACUUGUAAAUGACAAGAGAGAAAUUUAGUUUUAUUAGACAUCCUACUAUAUAUAGAAUUCAAAACCUGGGAACAUCUUUCAUUGUCUAUUUAUUAAGCACUAGAUAACUUUAGAAUUUUUCCCUUUUAUUUUUAUCCCCCACCCUCUACCACCACACCCGUCCUACCCCCAGUUUAAGCAGAGCACUACUCAGCUCUUAUUUAUGGUGGUGCCAGGGAUUUAAACUAAGACCUUGGAAGCCAUCUCCCGAGCCUGUUCUCCGCCCCCCUUUUUUAAUCACCACCAGGAAAGGAGAGAAGGAAGGAGACACAGAAAUAAGAGAGAUCAUAGUACCACUUAGCCAUCCUUGGAGUGCCGUAAGUGUUAUGGUUCAAAGCCAGGCCCUUAUAUAUAAGGCACAUGCUACCUGGUAAGCAAUCUCCUGAGUCUUACUACAUAAUUUCUCAUUUUUUCUAAAAUAAGAAAACCGAGAUUUUUAUAUUGCACAUGAGCAUUAAGUUCUUCAUUGCCUUGUCAAGGAAAUCCAUCAGGUGUACUUUUUAAAAAAAAAAAAAAUUAUUUAUUCCUUUUUGUUGCCCUUGUUGUAGGUUUUAUUGUUCUUAUUGAUGUCGUCAUUGUUGGAUAGGACAGGGAGAAAUGGAGAGAGGAGGGGAAGCCAGAGAGAGGGAGAGAAAGACACCUGCAGACCUGCUUUACUGCUCGUAAAAUGACCCCCCUGCAGGUGGGGAGCUGGGGGCUAGAUCCAGAAUUUUUUUUUUUUUUUAAUUUAUGAAUGAGAAAGGUAGGACAAGAGAAAGAACCAGACAUCACCCUGGUACAUGUACUGUUGGGGAUCAAACUCAGGGCCUUAUGCUUAAGAAUCCAAUGCUUUAUUUUAUCCACUGUUCCACCUCCCAGACCACUACUUUUUUUUUCCUUUACAAAUGAUGUGCAUACUAGUCUCAACUAUUUAUCCACAGUUAAAAGGGAGAUAGGUGAAUAUAUGAUCUUCUGUUGUAAAAAAACAAGUUUUCUUGAUUAACUUAAAAGCAGAUUUUCUUAUCCGCCUAUCCUUAGACCAGGGAGUAGGCUAUCGAAAUCUAAGUCUGUAGCUGACUGCUCUUUCAUCAAGUUUUAAGAAGUGAAAGACACCUGCUCUCUCUCUUAAGAGGUAGAUGUUGAGGAAGAUGGAGCAUUAUUUUUAGAAAUUGAAAUUGUAGCCCUUUGUUAUUCCUAAUUACUGUGUAUAUGUUUACUUUGUGGGUAAAAAUAAAUGCUUAUUGAGAAAAAUGUAAUUUUCAAAGUUUUUUUGUGUCAUGCCAGGAAACAAACCCAUGUUCUCUCACAUGCACUCUGCCACUGAGCCACAUUCCUGGCCCAGUUUUUAAUAUUUUUUAUGAAAAGGAGGGAGAGGUAGAAAAGGAGACACUAAACACCACCCCACCAUCUAUGGAGAACCACUUGUCUCUGUCCUUGCUGCCUGCUUGCAAUACUGGGGGCUGAAUCCAAUGCCUCACAUGUGGAAGGCAUAAGCUCUACGUACUGAUGAGUCACUUUGCCAACUCCCAAGUUUUUUGUUCCUUGGUUCUCAUAGAACUAAAAUUCAGUGGCGCAAAGCACAAGGACCAGCAUAAGGAUCCCGGUUCGAGCCCCUGGCUCCCCACCUGCAGGGGAAGUUGCUUCGCAAUCGGUGAAGCAGGUCUGCAGGUGUCUUAUCUUUCUCUCCCCAUUUUCCCCUCUCUCCAUUUCUCUCUGUCCUAUCCAACAACAAUGACAUCAACAACAACAACAACGAUAACUACAACAAUAAAACAAGGGCAACAAACUAAAAUUCAGGGACUGAUCAUGAUAGUUUUUUUUUUUAAUAUUUAUUUUUAUUUAUUCCCUUUUGUUGCCCUUGUUGUUUUAUUGUUGUAGUUAUUAUUGUUGUCAUUGUUAUUGGAUAGGACAGAGAAAUGGAGAGGGGAUGGGGAAGACAGAGAGAGGGAGAGAAAGAUAGACACCUGCAGACCUGUUUCACCACUUGUGAAGCGACACCCCUGCAAGUGGGGAGCCAGGGCUUGAACUAGGAUCCUUAUGCGGGUCCUUGUGCUUAGUGCCACCUGCGCUUAACCCGCUGCACUACAGCCCGACUCCCAAUAGUUUUAAAUAAUUACAGAUAUAUAUGUAAUUUAGUUAGUAACAAAUAGAACUUUGUUUCAGGAGGGGGUAGAUAGCAUAAUGGUUAUGCAAAAGAGACUCUCAUGCCUGAGGCUCCAAAGUCCCAGGUUCAAUCCCCCCGCACCAACAUAAGGCAGAUCUGAGCAGUGUUCUGGUAAAUAAAAUUUAAAAAUAAUUAAAAAAUAGAACUUUGCUUCAAAGAUUUGAGAACAGCACAGUUGUAAAUCAAACAGGAACUGUCUCAUUUCUGGAAGCGUAAGUUUUUAACAGCAGAAAGAACAAAUUAGCAUAAAAUAGAAAAUACUUGAGUGCUUCGCAAAUUUUCUUUGAUAGACAGUAUUUUAUAUGGCCGUAAAAUUGAUAAAAGUAAAAUACUACCACAGUUUUGCUGAGGCAAAGAUAAUUUAAAAUGCUGGAAUACAAGUAAUACAAAUGAGUAAUGAGGGGUAGUUUAAGGGUAGUUUUAUUAUUUAUAUCAGCAAUUUUUCUUCUAACAACUAUUAUAAAAGCUAUUUGUUCAGCAGUGUAGAAACAGUAUUUAACUUUGAGAGUCACGUGAAAAGGCUGUGUGUCCAGUAACGUGAAGUGCUGUACUCCACUCCUGCCUGUGUGCUGCUGCUUCUGGGGCUUCCAGUCAGAAAAACAGGAUGGUCUAGAGGAAAGGCGCAAAAACACAGCAACCCAUGACAGGCUAUAAGAAGAUACUGAUGGUUAACAACUGGAACUAGCAAUAGAAGUCCAGGGAUUACAUUUAAAUGUUGAUUGCUAAUAUGAGUCCAGGAUUAGUUUACUUCAGGUAAAUUGUCUUGUUUUCUAAAACAUAUAUGUAAUGAAAAACCUGUUUGUUUUAUGAAUAUAAUCUUAAUUCGGGCUUUAAUAAAAUGUUCUCUAACUGCAA